UUGGCAUCGCAGACUCAGCACCAUGAUCCGGAAGAAGGGGUUGGAGGCAGGCGCUCAGGACACCAGCCUGCUCAUCGCCCUGGACAAGAGCCGCUCGCGCCUGUCCAGCGGCUCCUCCGGCACCAUCUACAAUGGGGAGCCCUACGCCGGCUUCGAUGAAGAUGAAGAGGACGAUCCCAUCUACGUGCAUGGUGACGAAGGCUACAGCCCCAACCUCAGGGGCAACUACUUCCGAGAUGGGCAAACGAAGAUCGACUUCGUGCUGGUGUGGGAGGAGAAGGUGCGGCCCCCAAAGAAGAGGCAGGGGAAGCUGGCCACUCAUGAGGCCAGAGACGAGCGGCCACGCGGGCGCCACGAGCACUGGAAGAGGAAGUUCCUCAACAACCUGAGAAAUGCUGGGCUGCUGAUGGAGAAGGAGGAGACGCUGAGCGAGCGGAAAACCAUCCACUACCUGAAGCUGAGUGCCCCGUGGGACGUGCUUGUGUUCUACGCUGAGGAGCUGUGCAUGCGAGCGCCCCUGCAGGCCCAACCCAACCCGGACCGGAACAGCUCCGGCGAGGUCCUGCGGAGACUCUGCAUCCCCAACGCCCUGCACCAGCACGUCCCCAACAAGCCCGCGGACUAUUACACCUGCGCGUUCCGCAGGUCCAAGCUGGACAAGUUCCUGGGCAGCGACUCCCGGGACUCCUACUUCAGCAACACCCAGAGACAUCGCAUCGUCUAUGAGAUCCUGGCUCGCACCGUCUAUGGGAAGCGGAAACGCGCCGAGAUCGGGAUCAACCGUUUGCUGAACGAGCGGGUGUACAGCGCUGCCUUCCCGCUGCAUGAGGGCCCCUUCGAGAUGCCUGAGUCUGAGGUCCCCAGUGAAGCCCUGAACCCUCGCCAAGUCCUCUACCACUUCUGGGCCCAGUGGGUCUGCUGGUACCGGUACCAGCCGCUGGAUCACAUCCGCCAGUACUUCGGGGAGAAGAUUGCCAUCUACUUCGCCUGGCUGGGCUUCUACACAGCCUGGCUGCUCCCUGCUGCGGCCGUGGGCACUGUGGUCUUCCUCGCAGGCCUAGCUGCCAUGGAAACCAACACGCCAGCGCAGGAGAUCUGCGAGAGCGGAGACCAGUUCCUCAUGUGUCCGCUCUGUGACACGUGUGAGACCUGGAACAUCUCAGAGAUCUGCCCCAUGGCUAAGGUCGGGUACCUGUUUGAUCACCCCGGGACGGUUUUCUUCAGCGUCUUCAUGUCCUUCUGGGCCGUGACAUUCCUGGAGUACUGGAAGAGGAAAAGCGCCAUGCUGGCUCACCACUGGGACUGCAUGGACUUCCAAGAGGAGGAGGAGCGGCCCAGGCCCGAGUUCGCUGCCAUGGCCCCGCGGAUGGAGCAGAAUCCCAUCACGGGGGUGAAGGAGCCGUACUUCGCCAAGCGGGACCGCCUCUCCCGCAUCAUGACAGGCUCCAUGGCCAUUGUCAUCAUGCUGUGUGUGGUGAUGAUCUUCCUGGUCUCCGUGAUCAUAUACCGGGGCAUCGUCAGCGUGGUGAUGUAUCACACGGGCAACGCCAUUCUCAUGACCCAGGCUGGGAACAUAGCGAACAUCAGCAGCACCCUGGUGAACCUGGUGCUGAUUCUUCUCAUGAGCCAGGUCUACACCUCCCUGGCGGAGAAGCUCACCAGGUGGGAGAUGCACCGGACCCAGACCCUGCAUGAGGAUGCCUUCACCUUCAAAGUCUUCAUCUUCCAGUUCGUCAACUUCUACUCCUCCCCCUUCUAUGUGGCCUUCUUCAAAGGCAGGUUUGUAGGGUACCCCGGGCAGUACGGCACGCUGCUUGGCCUGAGGAACGAGGAGUGCGGCCCCGGCGGGUGUCUCAUCGAACUGGCACAGCAGCUGUUCAUCAUCAUGGUGGGGAAACAGAUCAUCAGCAACGUCCAGGAGUUCAUCAUCCCCAAGCUGAAGGCCUGGCGGCAGAAGCGCAAGCUGGCCAGGGUGCGGGGCGCGCAGAUCAGCCAGGAGCCCCCGCGCUGGGAAGAGGACUACGAGCUGAUCGAGUGCGAGGGGCUCUUUGAAGAGUACCUGGAGAUGGUGCUGCAGUUCGGGUUCAUCACGAUCUUCGUGGCUGCCUUCCCUCUGGCCCCGCUCUUCGCCCUGCUCAAUAACUGGGUGGAGAUCCGCCUGGACGCCCAGAAGUUUGUGUGUGAGUACCGGCGCCCGGUGGCCUACCGCGCCCAGAACAUCGGGGUCUGGUUCUUCAUCCUGGAGGUCCUGGCUCAGACCUCUGUCAUCGUCAACGCCUUCCUCAUCGCCUUCACCUCAGACUUCCUGCCCCGGCUGCUCUACCAGUACGAACACGACAGCCAGCUGCAGGGCUACGUCAACUUCACCCUGGCCUACUCCCCCCCGCGCUACCUGGCCACCGGCAACCACACCCUGUGCAGGUACAAAGCCUUCCGGGAUGCCAAUGGGAACUACACCCUCUUCUACUGGAAGCUGCUGUCCGUCCGCCUGGGCUUCAUCAUCGCUUUCGAGCACGUCGUCUUUUUCUUCCUGCGCCUCAUCGACUGGCUGGUGCCCGAUGUCCCGGGGUCGCUGGAGCUGAAGAUCAAGCGAGAGCGGUACUUAGCCAAGCAGGCGCUGGCCGAUAACCAGGAGGUGCUGCUGACGCAAGCAGCCUUUCAUCCGGCAGCAUGAGCUAACGGGAGCAGCCCCCGGGGGCUUGGCCGAUGGGAAGGCAGAGCUGGCUGGGAUCGGGCCCCCUCCACAUUCGAUCAGGUGACGUCCCACUGGCAGGGCGGGAAGCUGCGGACCCGGAGCCAUCCAGAGGGGCCAGCAAAGCAGCAACGGCGCAGCCAUGCCCCCCGGACGACCUUCGCCCUCCAGCGUGCCAGGGCGAGGCUCAUCGGACCCAGAGAUGUGCGCCCGGCCUAGGUGUUGGUAACGACGCAGCUGGUGUGUGAGGAGGAUCCCGAGCCCCGAGGAGGGAGCUGGAGCUGGCUGCUGCUGCGCUCCUGGCUGAGUUGGCCCAGCGGGCCCCUUGCUCGCCCCCAGCCUGCGAACGCUUCGCUGCCCCCAAAGCUGCUCACGCUCCAAGGCAAUCAGCAGCGGGGGCCCCAUGUGUCCAGCUGACUCUGGCGCACGCCGCGGGACCCUACUAAUUGCUGUGAGUGGGGCUGGCUGGCAGGCCCAGGUCACCCCGUUCAGAGGCAAACGGCCCCGGGGCACAGAGCAGCCGCUAUAAGGGUGUAUGGAGAUAUGCACUGCAAGCGCGGCAAGACCCUGUUGUGCAUCCCCCCGCGUGCACACGGUUGGGCUGAGCCCCGUGGGCCCAUAGCUCCUGUCACGGCCGCACGGAGAUACCGUGGGGACAGAGACCCUGUGCCAGCUUUUCCUUCCUCCCAAGGCUCUCAGUGAAAUCCAUCUGUCAGCCCCAACUCACAUCCUUUCUGGGCCAAGAUCGGCCAGAGCGAGCAGGGCUGGCCUCUGUGGGCGCCGGGACUGCAAGGGGCAUGAGGAGGGCAGGGGAGCCAGGGGGCAGCCAAUAGGUGCCAGCAGCCAGUGCUACACCCAGGCCUCUGUGUCUGUCCCGUCCUGGCCCCAUGUCAGAACCAGGCUGUCACUGUUGGUGGAUUGACUCCACCCCAGCGCUAGGGGUGAGCUCAGGUCCUUCCCAAACUGGGCCAUGCAGACCUUCACCUUUGCGUAGGGUACUGGCUCCAUUCACAACAGGGGACACAAUUAGUUAGACCCCCAAGGAGCACACGCCCUGUUAUAACUAAUGAGCACAAAGCUCCAUAAAGCCCAAAGGAGCCCACUGACCCAGAACCGCGCGGCUGCGCUAACGAGAUGCAUGGGAAAUGAAGCACCUCAGAAGCCCUGAAUCAGGAGCCCAACGCACCUGAAAUGUAGUGACUUCAACCAGAUGGUUUUAGACCCAUCCUUUCUGUAUCGACUGGGCUGCAGAGCCAUAUUCAAUCCCUUUCCGGGGCCAGCUAAGAUUUGUCCCUGUCCGUUAUCCGUGCCUGGGGUCCACAACCAAACUGCCGAUCGUUAACAUGGAUCAUUUGCAUUGAUCAUUUCUUAACAGUCCCUAUACAUCCGUACAGUCGAACUGCCUAGGGACUGCCUGGUUACCGAACUGCCAGGUUCCAAGACCCCCUGACUGCAAAAUCAUUUCUGCCGUUUUAUGGGUGCGCCUGUACUUUGGAUCCCUUGUUUGUUGCACACGGAACUCACGACCUGGGGUUACGUUCUCAGGCUGGAAGCACAUUAGCUAAAAGCCCAGCUUUAGCAUGACUAAAAUCCAGUCUUUCCCGUGGAGACGGGCAGAGCCUAAAGCCCCCAAUUAUUUGUAUUGGGGGGGUAGCUAUAUUAAUCUGUAGCCACGAAAAUGAAGAGUCUGGUGGCGCCUUAAAUCUGUUAGUCUUUAAGGUGCCACCAGACUCUUCAUUUCAAUUAUUUGUGUUCGCCGACCAUGUUUAAUCUAAUAACCUGACAAAGCUACCACCCUUAUACCCCCCGUGUCUUGCCACUUAGAGCAAGUUCCGUUUAUGCAUGAGAUGGGGUGAUGGGGCAACGCAGGGCUGGGCUGGGGGGACCCAGGGCCACGCACUCCCUGCCCGUUAAGCCGGCUCCAAGCUGCAGGCACCAAUGACAUGCAGCUGUUCCAGGCCAGAACAGAGGGGCAGGGAGAGGAUCAUUUCAAGGCUAUAGAAAAGCUUCUACCAUGGUUUGAAUUUCUUCCAUGUGCAUGCGCAUUCCCCAGGGGAGCCAUUGAGUGAGGACGUUCCCUGCCCCGCUCACCUGCAGUCUCACCAGGCACCAAUGGGAGGUGCUGCAGGGUCAAGUCAGACGUGAUUGUUGGCGUGCCAGGCUUUGCAGCGCCUUCCAAGUCCUCCGUACGUAAGGCUAGCGACUCCGCCGAGCCUAGCCUGCCUGGAGUGUGUACCCCAGGCCACGCAGCUCCUUGUCAUGCUGUGUGUGCAGGAGGGUGAAUAAAACCUGGAAUGACCUGA